GGAGAAAUUUACAAACGAGGGACUUAAAAUCAAGAGCUUUGAAUUUCUCUCUCUUCUCUCUCUUUCGCAAUUGGCACACACACAGUAGAGAGAGAAAGCUAGAGAGAGAAAGCUAGAGGAGGAGGAGAAGAAGAUGGAGAAUCAUGAGGGAGGAGAGAGAGAGGAGGAAGUGAUGGGGUCAACUCUGACGAUGGAGAAAGUCAAGGCAGCUAAGAAGUUUAUCGAGAAUCACUAUCGAUCUCAGAUGAAGAACAUUCAAGAAAGAAAAGAGAGACGCUGGGUACUAGAAAAACAGCUAGCUUCUUCAGAUGUGCCCGAAGAAGAGCAAAUGAGCUUGAUAAAAGAUUUGGAGCGAAAAGAGACAGAGUUUAUGCGACUGAAAAGGAAUAGGAUAUGCGUCAAUGACUUUGAACUAUUGACCAUCAUCGGGAGAGGAGCUUAUGGUGAGGUCCAACUGUGCCGGGAAAAGAAAUCUGGAAAUAUUUAUGCCAUGAAAAAAUUGAAAAAAUCCGAAAUGCUUAGCCGAGGACAGGUGGAACAUGUUCGAGCUGAAAGGAACUUGCUUGCAGAAGUUGACAGUCACUGCAUUGUAAAACUAUUUUACUCCUUUCAAGAUGCUGAGUAUUUGUAUCUGAUCAUGGAAUAUCUUCCUGGGGGUGACAUGAUGACCCUUCUGAUGAGAGAGGAUAUCUUAACUGAAAAGGUUGCAAAAUUUUAUAUAGCACAGAGUGUCUUGGCCAUAGAAUCUAUUCACAAGCAUAACUAUAUCCACAGGGACAUUAAACCAGAUAACCUUCUUCUUGACAAGAAUGGCCAUAUGAAACUUUCAGAUUUUGGCCUCUGUAAACCUCUUGACUGUGCAACGUUGUCUACCAUCAAGGAAAAUGAAUCCAUGGAUGAUGUUUCUAAAAAUUCAAUGGAUAUAGAUGCUUCGCUUCCUGAUGCCGGUAAUGGUCACAGUUGGAGAAGCGCUCGUGAACAACUUCAGCACUGGCAAAGGAACAGGAGAAAGUUGGCAUUUUCAACCGUGGGUACACCUGACUAUAUUGCUCCUGAAGUUUUACUGAAGAAGGGAUAUGGCAUGGAAUGUGACUGGUGGUCAUUGGGUGCAAUUAUGUACGAAAUGCUAGUUGGUUAUCCCCCCUUUUACUCUGAUGAUCCGAUAACAACAUGCAGAAAGAUUGUACACUGGAGGCACUAUCUCAAAUUUCCAGAUGAUGCAAAGUUGACAUUUGAGGCAAGAGAUCUCAUAUGUAGGCUGCUUUGCGACGUUGAACAUCGAUUAGGCACUGGAGGGGCAGAGCAAAUUAAGGUACAUGCUUGGUUUAAGGAUGUUGAGUGGGAUAGAUUGUAUGAGACGGACGCAGCUUACAAACCACAAGUUAAUGGGGAACUGGAUACUCAGAACUUCAUGAAAUUCGACGAGGCGAAUCCUCCAACACCAUCAAGAUCUGGAUCAGGACCCUCAAGAAAGAUGCUGACGUCAAAAGAUCUAAGUUUUGUUGGCUAUACUUACAAGAACUUUGAUGCUGUUAAAGGUCUAAAGCAUUCUUUUGAUCGCAAGGGAAGCACUUCACCUAAACGCCCGUCUCUGGACUCUAUGUUUAAUGAAAAUGGGAUGGACUAUACAGCAAAGCACGCAGAAGAAAUGGAUGUACAGAUGCUAACAGCUGAUGAUUGUAUGUCCCCAUGAAAAGCAUGCGAGAAUAAAGAGGCAAUCUUGUAGAGUUUGUGGCAGGAAUGCGGGGCUUUACCAAAAUGUGAUGCUUUGUAUGAUUUGGUUUUCUGAGCGCGCUCUGCAGCUUCACUGUCAUUUAAGAUUUAAAGUGUACAGCAUUGAGAAACAUCAGGUAGAGCCCGAUGCAGGGUAGAUUUGGCUAAAAUGGAGUUUCAUAUUCAGAAGGGGGUUUGUGUAAUAGAGACUUUUGUCCCCUCUUUCUUUUUUGUUUUUGUUUUUCUAGUUUUCGCCUUUAUCUUGUGUUUUGCUUAGAUGGUUAGAAAUUUAUAAGAGUAUGUAGAACUUGGUCCUGGCUGCCCAGGUUGGCUAGUGUAGGGAAAUGCCUUCUCUAGUGGCAGUUUCUGGUCGCUGUUUUGAACUGGUGUGAGGACUGGAAACUAACUUUGUAACAUUUGUAACAAAAUUAUGGAAUUUUAAAAGGGGAAUUUGGAAGUAUAAAUUCAGCUUCUAAUUUGCCAGAUAUAUGUAAUAUAAUUUUAGACAUCUGUUUUGUA